AUAUUUAAUAACAAUGGAAUCAAAUAUUGAUACUCUGCUUUUACGAAAUGCUGUUCCCAUUAUAGAUUUAGGGAACAGCAUUGAGAAUGUGGCCAUAUUUAAAGAGGCCCUGUCAGAAAAGGGCUAUGCUCUGCUGAUAAACCAUGGAAUUUCCAAUAAAAGGUACAUAUUAUCACAAAAUCUAUGAGGCCUAUAACCUAAUUUAAAAUUUGCUCAGAUCAAGACGUCUUGGGAGUACUUCGAUAGAUUUGUUGAAUUACCAACAGAGGUUAAACUGCCCUAUGAAAGAAGCAAAGCUCCGGAUGCCGAAAAUCACGGCUAUGUGAGUCCGGGAAUGGAAAGAUUCGAAGGCAGAACACCGGAACUACGGCAUGCGUACAAUAUAUGCAAGUUGCAGGCUGAAUUUUUACCCGAAAAGGAGCUGCCUGGAAUCACCAACCACAUUAACUCAUUGACCGAUGACUUCAAUACCUUGGGUAGAUUUAUUCUUCAGGCUUUGGCACUUUCACUGGAUACUCCUCCUUCGUUCUUCCUCGAUAAACACUCUUAUAUGCUGUCCGACGAUCGCUUCAAUCUUACCACCCUGCGUAUGCUCUACUAUCCUCCGGUGGGUGAUGAAGAUCAUGGCAAUAUAAUCCGAUGUGGAGCCCAUGCCGACUUGACCUUCACCCUGCUGGCACAGGAUUCGGAGGGUGGUUUGGAGGUCAAGCUGAGGGGCAGUGACAAAUGGGAGCGAGUGGGUCAUCUACCGGGAGCACUCUUCAUAAACUGCGGCGAAACCAUGUCUGCGUGGACGGAUCAGUUAUAUCACGCCUUGCAACAUCGAGUGGUUGUUCCCGAAGAGGUGGAUACUCGCCAUCGAGGCAGACACUCCAUUGCCUAUUUUUGCCAUCCUGAUAACUCCACAUUGAUCGAUCCUAAAGACUUAAAAAUACCAGUUAAGAAGUCCCCCACACAAGAGAUAUACAACGCUUAUGAUAUAUCUAUGGCUUUGGCAAAAGGCGCAUAUGGGCAUAAUUAUUCUUAAGAACUUAUUAAUGUUUUUUAAUUUUCUCAGUGUUGUGCCAAAGAAAGAAUAUAUUU